GCAGUGGUUCUAGGCUAAGCUGAGUUGUUGGGAGUGUGGUUGCUGUUCAAUUCUACUAUGGCUGGAAGGAUAGGUUUACACAGAUAUUCUUUACUUCUUGGUUUAAGUCAGAGAAUGAGAUGCCAAGAUACGGUGAGACAGCUGCGAAAUUCCUGGAAGGUAUCAAGAUUAUGGCAGGUGUGUGCUCGUCAUUCAACAAAGCUGAAACUUGGAUCAGUCUUCACAACAUCUCUUACUGUUUCUCGAGGCUUCAGUCUCUGGUCUAGUAAACCAAAAGAGACGGUGCCAGUUGCAGAGCCUGUCUCUAUCUCUCCUGACGUUGCAGCAGCAGAAGAAGCUGACCGACUGUAUGAUGCCAACAAGUCCACAGAGCUGUACGAUCAUCUUGUGCGCUUCAAGGACACUACGAAUGAUGAGCUUCUAUGGCGUCUGGCGAGGGCUUGCCGCUGUGUGGCCCAGCUAUCUAGCACCAGCAAAGAGGACAAAAAGAGACUGACCUACGAAUCCCUGGACUUUGCGCAGAGGGCUCUGAAGGCAAAUGACAACAAUUUUGCAAGCCAUAAGUGGUAUGCUAUUUGCUUGAGUGAAGUAGGAGACUACGAAGGAAUGAAGCAGAAGAUUCUGAACGCAUUUGUCAUCAAGGAUCAUUUCCUGACAGCCAUUGAAUUGAAUCCACAGGAUGCUACAUCUGUUCAUUUGUUAGGUCUGUGGUAUUUCACAUUUGCUGAUAUGGCAUGGUAUCAGAGGAAAAUAGCUUCAGCUGUCUUUACCUCACCUCCAACAGGAACUUAUGAAGAGGCUCUGAGAAUGUUCCUUUCUGCAGAGAAAGUUUCCCCAAACUUCUACAGUAAGAAUCUGUUAAUGCUUGGCAAGACGUAUCAGAAGACUGGUGACAACAAGUCGGCUCUACUCUACUUGACCAAAGCUCGUGAUUACCCUGUCAAAACAGAAGAAGAUAAUCAGGUUAAGGAAGAGGCCAAGGCAAUUCUAGCAUCCAUGGGGCACAAGUAACCAUGACAACAAUCCAUUCCACUGCCUAUAUGCCAAUUUUCUCCAUCAAAUGUAUGAAAUAUACACAUACAGCUCUGUACAUAAUUGACAAAAUGCAGUUCAACUGUUAAAAUGUUUAUUGUUUGUCUAUCUGGAGUGUGUUAAAAGCUUUGAUGCUGGGAUAGCAGUGUUAUUCCUUAGUGUCAGAUUAUCUUGUAUACAUAUAUAUAUUUAUCCCUGAAUUCACAUUGCAGUGUUGUACUAGUUUUUAAAAAGGGUAUUACAUCUGUGCAUUCGUACUUUAUCCAUAAGUGAUAUUCAGGUAUUAGUAUUGGCUAGCAUUAUUAUUAUUAACCCCCCCCCCCCCCCCCGGUCAAAAAUUGCAUUGCCAUGGUAAUGGUAUAUUAUGGCAAAAUUAUGGUUAAAAAAAAGUUUGAACUACUUCCUCAGGUUUUAACCAAUUCUUAUGACAUUUGGCACACACAUUAGUCUUAAGGUAAUGAUAUGCAAGACAUGUAUUUUGUGUGUCAGAAAUCAUGUUGCCAUAGUGACGGCAUAUUAUAAGUGAAAAUUGUGUAAAAAUCUUAUGGUUUGAAUUAAUUCAUCAAUUUUCAACCAAUUCUGAUGAAAUUUGGCUCACACAUAGGGUUAGGUUUAGAGGUAAAGAUGUGUGAGACACAUAUUUUGUGUUUGUUGGAAAUUGUGUUGCCAUGGUAACAUGAUGUAUGCCCAAAAUUAGUUUAAAAUCUUAGAGUUAGUGCAGGACAUAUAUGUUAUUUAUCGUUUUGCCAUGGUAACAUCAUUAUAUGUCAAAAAUUAUGCAAAAAUCUUGCGUUUUUAACUACAUCAGUUUUAAACAAUUUUCAUGGUAUUUGGCUCACACAUUGUUCUUGCUGGAUUGAAUCAUCACACAGUCCCCAUUCAGGUUGCUUUCCAAAAAGUUGCUUUUGUAUUAUGAUAAUAUACAGGUACAAUUAAAGGUACCUCCCUUACUUGGUAUGAGCUUAUUUUGGCUUUCUGGACCAUUCAGGAUUUAUUGAAAUUACCCAUCAAAGCACAAUCGACAGAUCAGAGGUCAUUAUCGAAAGUUGGUAGACCGGAACAGCACAUCGUCUUAGGAUUCAGGCCGGACAAAAAAUUGCAAAUAUGUCGUUUAUCCAGAGUCCAGGAUGACACGACUGUUUUGAUUCACUGAUUUUCGACAAAAGCUGCUUUCCUAUGAAGGGCUCUUAGCAAAAGAUUCUAAAGAUAGAUGCUUUCUCUAAAAAAAUUUGUAGAAGUGAUUGCUAAAAUGCCCAAAUAUUCCUGUUAUCUGUUACCUUAUUUCUUGUAUUUAUUUAAUGUAUAUUUAUUGCUUUUAUGUGGGUACCAUCAUACUGUGUGCAAUGGAUAGAGUCUCCCUUUUGUUAUUCAAGAUAUCCUACCUUGAUUUGGAUGAUAUUAUUAUUAUUAUUGAAGAUUGGCGAGACUUAAUCUUUCUUUUUAAGUUUUUACUGAAAGAUAUCAUACCAUUGCAGAAAGAGUUGCUGCUAUACACAGCAAGAACAAAUCAAG